UGUGUUGAAACGAUCCAAUGAUCAUUCGGAGUUAUUUGAAGUUAAGGCUCGGAGUGGUAAUGAGAUGAAGAAGACGUUGAAUUGGUGGGACUUUGUGGCAUUUAUAGCAGCAGGAAAUAUCCUUCUUGAGUAUGUUAUAGGAAAUACAGCGGUAGCUCGAUCAUGGACAUCUUAUUUUGCCACACUCUGCAACAGAGCUCCAGAAGACUUUCGUAUAAUAGUCCAUAGCAUGAACCCUGACUAUGGCCAUCUUGACCCCAUUGCUGUUGGUGCCCUCAUUGCCAUCACUGCCCUUGCUGUCUACAGCACCAAAGGCUCUUCUAUUUUCAACUACGUUGCUACUAUCUUUUACAUGUUUGUCAUUGUCUUCAUUAUUAUUGCUGGUCUCAUCAAAGCCAAACCCGAAAACUACUCUCCAUUUACUCCUUUUGGUGUUCACGGUAUGAUUGAUGCUUCUGCUGUUCUUUUCUUUGCUUAUGUUGGCUUUGAUGCUGUUUCAACUAUGGCUGAGGAAACCAAGAAUCCUGGCAGAGACAUUCCUAUUGGUCUUGUUGGAUCUAUGUUGAUUACCACCAUAUUAUAUUGCUUACUAGCUACAACACUUUGUCUCAUGCAAAAUUAUAAAGAUAUAGAUGUUAAUCGUCUAUUUGACGACACUGGUGGUCCUUGA